GGUCUCGCGCCGCUCGGUCCUUGUGCUGCGCUGUUAGCGUAAUACGAGCUUCCAGGCCAAUCAAGCGCUUGCUGUGGCAAUAACUUGCUGCCGCAACGCGCGCGCUGCGAGGUUACUGUUAGCAGCGAGGUCCGAAACCGUCUGAGCUCACAGCUGGUAAUUGAUGAGCCGCCGCAGCGCCUCGCCCGCCGAAGACGCGAUCCACGACCUCCUCCAGACCAUGUCCCAGAAGGAGCGCGACGCGCGCUACGACGCCAAGCACAAGCAGCUCUGUGUAAGCGUGUCGCGGGCCCUCGAGAACGCGGCCUGGACGCUCGACGAGUUCUGCAACAACGACGCCGACCGCCAGACGGCGUGGACCUGUGUUGACAUCAAAAUUUUACGGCGCGUUCGUGCUGAAUCGUCGCGUCGACCUCCACGCCAUCGACGCGACGCCUGCUCGAUGGCGUGGCGAUGCCGGUUCCUCACCGCUCGACCGAGCCAGGACGGCCGCGUCAUCGCCGAGAAAUGACUUAAGUGCACCCGACGCACUGGUUGAUUUCCACACAGGUCUGGACCGAGAUCAGCGACGGCGCGCAGCGCAUGUUGGGGCAGCUCGUCGCCGCGGGCCGGCCGCGCGCGAGCAACGCGACGGAGCCCUCGGGCGCGUCGAGCGCGCUCGCCUUCGCGCCGCCGUCGCCCUCGAACCGCGACUCCGGCGGCACGGCGCCGGUGCCGGGCCGCCUGAGCGACGACGGCGCCGCGCCAACCACCCAAGCCGACGCGCCGCGGCCGUCGACGGGGCCCCACGGCACGCUGCGCAAGGGCGGGGCCGUCGCGCCGCGGCCGGCGUCGCGCCAGCUCGAGGAGGACCCCAUCGAGGACAGCGACGCCUCGCAGUCGCCGCGGGCGCCGCCGCCGGAGCCCUCGCAGCAGAGCGUCAUCGAGAUCGACGACGACGACGCCGCCGCGCCGCCCGCCGAGGACGAGCACGAGUGGAGCGACGACGACGCGGCGCCGGCCGCCCCGCCGGCCGAGGACGACGAGGAGGACGAGUGGGAGGACGACAUCGCGGAGCCGCCCGCGGCCGCCCCCGAUGUCGACGAACCGCCGGCCGCCGAGGAAGAAGUGAUGGUGGCCGUGGCCGACGAUGACGACGAGGAGGAGGAGGAGGGGCCCAAGUUCCGCGUCGGCGACUCUGUCGUCGACGGCAGGACGGGCGAGGUGGGCCAGAUCGUCGCCAAGACGACGGGCUGGUGGAAGCUCCAGAUCCCGAGCUCCGACAAGGCCGUGUCGCGGCGGUCGAAGGAGCUCACGGCCCCGCCGCCGCCCGAGGCGGCCGAGGACGACGAAGAAGAAGAGGAGGAGGCCGCGCCGCCGCCGCCGGCGCCCGAGGAAAGCGAGGAGGAAGACGAGGAGGAGGCUUCGCCGCCGCUCGCCGCGCGGCGGCCGGCGAGGGGCCGGGCACCGGAGGCCGCGGCGCCGGCGCCCCGCGCGCGGCCGAAGCGCGGCCGCGCCGCCGCCGAGGCGCCUCCCGAGGAGGACGAAGAGGAGCCGCGCGAGCGCACGAAGCGCGGUCGCGCCGCGGAAGAGCCCGAGGAGAGCGAGGACGACGAGGAGGACUCGCCGCCGCUCGCGGCGCGCCGGCCGCCGCGGCGCGCGGCGGGCGGCGCGGCCGCCGCGCCCGUCGCCGCGCCCGCGAAGAAGAAGAAGCCCGCGCGCAAGGCGCCGCCGCCGGCGAAGCCCGCAGCGAAAGCGCCGCCGGCGAAGCCCGCAACGAAGGCGCGCGGCAAGGAGAACGCCGCGCCCGCGCCCAAGAAGCGCCCGGCCGCGGCGCCCGCCGCGGCGCCCAAGCGCGCGCGGACGCAGCCCGGGCCGGCGCCGCGCUGGGGCCACUCGGCCGCCGUGCUGGAGGACGGCGCGACGAUGGCGAUCUGGGGCGGAGAGGGCGACGACAAGGCGGUGCACCUGUACCGCGUGGCCACGGGCUGGGAAUCCAUGCUCGGCGGCGGUGACAUACCGGACCCGCGCGCCUGGCACGCGUCCGUUGCGUCGGGGUCGCGGCUCGUCGUCUUCGGCGGCGACGCGUCGGGCGACGGGCGGCCCGUGCGCGAUAGCACCACUAAAGUGUUCGACAUCGACGAGGGCGAGUGGACGGCCGAGGAGUGCGCGGCGCGGCCCCAGGCGCGGUUGGGCCACGCUUUACUAUCGCUGCGUGAUAGCGAAGGCCAGGAAUGCGUCGCGGCGCUGGGCGGCCUGCGCGGGCGCGACGACGGUAUCACGACGACCUGCGACGCCCUGCAGAAGCGACUCAAAAUCAAGGGCUCCGUCCCCAAGGGCGAGGCUCCGAAGCCGCACGCGCACGGCUGCGCGGUCGUGUUACGAAACGGCGCGAAGGCCGUGGUCUGGACGGGGAAGCCGUUAUCUAAGGGCGACAAAGACACGCCGUCGAACAAGGUCUUCGUGCUGGAGCGCGACGCCGCCGGCGACGCGUGGACGUGGACGCGGAUGCAGUUCGUCAUGGGCGACAAGCCGUCGUUCCGGAGCAAGGCGGCUUGCUGCAUGCUGCCGGACGGCAUCUCCGUCUUAGUCCACGGCGGGCUCGACGAAGAUACGGGCGCGGUCCUCGGCGACGCGUUUAUCCUGGACACGCGGCUCUGGGAGUGGUCGCGGGCGCCGAAGCGCGUCGAGAGCGCCUUCGGCGCGCGGGCCGGCCACUCGUUGGUGUGCGUGCGGGACGGUGACACGCACAUGCUCCUGGCCUUCGGCGGCCGCGGGGCCGACGGGCUUACGGAGCGGGCGGAUCUUGCCAAGGUCGUGGUGGACGAGAGGACAUUCAAAGGAUGUGCCGUGCCGCCGAGGACGAGCGCCGUCUUCUGAACCUCCCCCCUCCCCGACGUAAAAGUGUAUUCAAC